AUGAUAGACAACUUUACAGUAAAUCCAUCAAGUUGUAUCUUCGGUGUCAAAUCGGUUCCGAUGAUUUUGUACACAAGUGAUAUUCCUAAAGGCAAAUUUGUCCAAGUAAACGAAUCCUGCGAUCUCUUUGAUUCCUCGAAACCAGUUUUUUUUAUGGCUCAUGGCUUUCUUUUAAAUGCAACCAAUAUUUAUUCUGGUAUUAAUUUUUCUAAAUUAGCCUCCUUAUUGUUAAAGAGAGGUUACGAUGCAGUAUUUUCGUUAGAUUGGACUAAUGCGUCGUGCUCUCACGACCUUAUAUUCCCCUUAAAUAUGUUAGAGUAUCCUUUUGCAGUGCGCAACACUCGCAAAGUUGGUGACUUCUUGGCAAGGUAUUUUACAAUAUUACAUUGA